AAAGAAACAAUCAUACUCUUCAAACAUUUGUUGUCGCCUUAGGAACCAAUAAAGGGGAUCAGCUUUUUAAUCUUCGACAGGCUGUAAAGGAAUUUAAAGCAGAUCAAGAUAUCUCCCUUAUCGCGACGUCACGUAUUUAUAGAACCCAAGCCAUUCUAUUACCGGGGUCUCUGGAGGAAUGGAAUAUUCCUUUUUUGAACGCGGCGGUUAAAAUUAAGACCUCUCUUUCUGAAGAGGAAUUACUGGGACGUUUGAAGGCGAUAGAGGUGCGCUUAGGACGGCCUCUUCAAUAUAAUAAGUGGUCCCCUCGUGUGAUUGACCUGGAUAUUUUAUCGUGCGGUCAAAAGGUUCUUAAGUCAGAAAUAUUGACGAUUCCUCACGCAUUGCUCCUUGAAAGAAGUUUUGCUUUAGCGCCCCUUUUAGAUGUGGCCCCGGAAUGGAGACACCCAGAACAUCCUGAUACAGAUUUAGAGCUCUUGCUGGAAAGAUUAGAUUUUGUUGAGCUGACCCCUUAUCCUUUAGAAGGUACAAGGGUUAUGGGAGUGAUUAAUCUAACACCUAUCUCAAUGUCUGGCCCGAACAAAUCAUUUACAGACGCUGAGUUGAGGGAAGAAAUUGUGGCGAUGGUCAAUGAUGGGGCAGAGAUCAUCGAUGUGGGGGCAGAAUCCACGCGCCCAGGCGCAGAACCGUUAACACCGGAAACAGAAUGGCAACGCCUUCAACUCUUUUUACGAAAUCUGAAGGGGAUUUUGUCUGAUUCCCGUUUGCUGAUUCACCCUAAGAUCAGUAUUGAUACUUAUCACGCAGAAACAGUUCAAAAGUUGAAAGAUUAUGACAUCGACAUCAUUAAUGAUGUUGCAGGAGUGGAGAAAGAAAAGAUCAUUUCUGUUCUUAAAGGAACAAAGAAAAAAUAUGUUUUGAUGCACAAUACAGGAAGGGCAGGGACAAACCACCUGACAUGCUCUGAUGGAAACAUUGUUGAUCACUUAAUUUCUUGGUUUGAACAGAAAACGAGCGAGCUGAUUGCCCUUGGAUUAACUCGAGCUCAGAUUAUUAUCGAUCCUGGG